ACCGGAUUUACAUGAGCUGGCGGAGAUAAAACAAGCUGGCGGAGGUGAACACGCAUGGCGGCGCUCAAGCAGGGGAAGAAAAUAGGAAAGGAAAUUCAGUGGAGGCAAAGUGCACAGAGGGACAGAGCUCAGUGCUGGGUGGAGUAUAUAAGUGUACGAAGGGAAGUGACCAAGAGUGCUUAGUGUAAGGUGACUUGCCGUCACCUGCCCUCACCUGUCGUCACUUGCCCUCACCUGUCAGCCUGCCUGCCUGUGCUGCCUACAGAGGUCCGGUAAAUGGUAUGAUGAAUCCCGCCCCUGGGCAUCACUGGUCAGCAACAGGUCCUUGAGGGCUUUGUUUUUAUAUUCCUUGAGCCCCUUGUUGUGGAGGCAAGGGUGCUCCUACAGCCACUCCUGGUCAGCAACAGCGCUAGAACUAGCGCAUUUCGCGCUAGUUUGGCAACACUGACCCCUGACCUUUUCCAUGCUGACGUCAUGCGCGGGGCGGGAUACUCGGAAGCGGACGGGGAGACUGGAAAUGCGUCACCGUGUACCGCGUUGUAGGAAAACAUUGACUCCUCUCUGGCUCUCUCACGGUAUAUAAAAGACGGAGUGCUGCGCUGGGCCUCAUGCACACUCCCGCAGCCAGCACGCAGGCAUCGCGUCCUUUCCCGGGUACCCUGCAGCACUUUGAUCCUCUCAUCAUGGCUCCGUCCAGGCGGUUCUUCGUUCUCGGCAACUGGAAAAUGAAUGUCAACGCUUCUCGCAUCGAAAGUUUGUCCAGACUCCUUUCAGAAGCCAAACUCGACCGCGAGACAGAGUUCGUGGUGGGCUGCCCCUCCUGCUACCUGUCCUCCGUCCGCCAGCUGCUGCCCAGCCACGUGGGUCUCGCCGCCCAAAACUGUUACAAGGUGGCGCGAGGCAACUUCAGCGGCGAGUUGUCCCCAGGCAUGGUGCAGGAGUGUGGCGCGGACUGGGUCAUCCUGGGCCACCCCGAGCGACGCACUGUCUUCGGGGAGACUGAUUACCUCAUUGCCGAAAAGGUCACUCACGCCCUCAACGCCGGGUCAAAGGUCGUGGCGUGCGUGGUGGAGCGCACGGAGGACCGCCUGCACGGCCUGACGGAGGAGGCGCUGGCCACGCAGAUGGAGGCCCUGGCAUCCGCCGUGACGGACUGGUCACGAGUAGUGUUAGCCUUCAAGGCGUUGUGGGCCAGCGGGACGGGUGUGCUGGCCACCCCGGGGCAGGUGCAGGAGGUGCUUUCCCUGCUGCGGCGGUGGCUGAGGCUCAACGUGGGGGUCAAGGUGGCGGAGAACACACGCAUCAUCUACUCGGGGUCAGUGUCGGCGGCAAAUUGUCAGGAGCUGGCGCGCCUCCCCGACGUGGACGGCUUCCUGGUGGGCAGCGCGGCGCUCAAGCCAGAUCUCAUCCACAUCGUAAACGCCCACCACCCGCGCCCCGCCCGACUGUUCCUUCCCUACACAGUGCCGCCCCGCCCCACAUACGGCAGGGCGUGACUA